AUGAGGGUUCUGGCAACCACCAGCAUUAAAGAUGAUGCUUGCAUCACUGGAUGUGAUUUCCUACCUCAGCUGAAACGUGUCGUGGCAGUAACUGGAAGGACCAUCACCGUCUGGGACUAUAAAUCAAAAAGGAUUCAGAAUAAUUGCUUUGCCAUCAAACCAAUGGAAAACAGUCUGCUCUGCGUUUGCACAGUGCCUAUGUCAGAUCACCUGGCUAACGAUAAUAUCCUAUUUGGAGAUUAUAAGGGUUUUGUUCACCUGCUUACUGUGAUCAGUGAUGACUUUGGAUUGACACAACUUAAAGAUGAAAAAGAAUCAGAGCUUCAGGUCUUGGACUCCAAAACUUUUAACAUUGCUAAGCGCAAGCUACAUGAUGACUGGGUUGUGAAAGUUAAGUAUAUUUCUGGCCUAAAUUGUUUUGGAUCCUGCUCCUUGGACAGCAUUCAUUCAUUUAUUUUGGAUGACAUAAAGCGACUAAAAGACGAAUUACCUGUAAAGGAAUUUUCUGUCAGUAGAGGAGUGAAUGCCUUCACAUACUGUAGGAAAGCAAAAGUGAUUGUCACUGGGGGUAAUGACAAACUCCUUCGUUUGUGGCAUCCCGCUAUUAAUAGUAGGCCUACAGGGAAGCUGUCAGGACACCGAUGUAGUGUCAUGGAAAUUGAGACAAAUGAAAAAGAUCAACAUGUCAUUAGCCUUUCUUCUGCAAAGAUUUUUAGAGUGUGGGACAUACAAACGCUUUCACUGCUGCAGGUCUUCCAUGAUAAUCAAGGGAGUCCUGAAAAGAUGGAGACCUUUGCCAUGGUAUUUGACAAUGAACGUGGUAGGCUUAUCACCGGUUCAGCUGCCAUUGAUAUUUACCCCUUAACUCAUAUGAUACAAGACACAAGACAGGUGCCACAGACACAUGAGGAAAGUAUCAAUGUUCUGGUUUACAACAGGGCUUUGCGGCAGGUUCUCACUAUCUGCUCUGAGUCAAUACUCAAGGUCUGGGACUUAGAAACAGGAUACCAACUAUAUCAGACUGAAAAUGCGCAUGGGCUGAAUACUGAAGUGACCUGUGCAGCCGUUGAAAUAAAUGGUUUUUAUCUUGCUACUGGGGCAUGUGAUGGAACAGUGAAAAUUUGGGAGUUUGAAAGUGGGCAGGAAGUUAAAGCCUUGCCUUUGGCCCAACACAGCAAAGAUGAGUGUCAUCUGCUGAAGAUAGUUUAUCUGAAGGCUAAUGAGAGUCAACAUGCACUUCUUGCUUUGGAGCAGAGUGGAAAGAUGAAACUAAUUCAGGGUAACUCAUUUCAAACGUAUCUAUACGUCACAUGGGUGCUUCCUGAGGCAGUGUUGUUUCCACGAAGGAAUCCAGUUGUGUCUUUAUCACUGAAGCCUGACACCUCAAAAACACAUGAGUUUUUUCCAGAUAUUCAGCUUCUGUCUGAGACAAGUUCUCUGAGAAAUGAUACAGAGAAUUUUAUAUCUUCUGUAGAAAUGAAGUGUUUUGAUGUUUUAAAAGCAGAAGGAUACAGUCUGAUAGUUACAGGAAGUGCAAAUGGUGCAAUAAUUUUGUGGGAUUUUGAAUCUGCCUUUGUGAGAUGCCUGUGUAAAAUUAAUGAAGAUGGCCAGGCUUCAGUUCUUCAGGCAUCUGGAGUCAAUGCCAUUUUGUUCCUUGUACAUAGUUCUUUCUCUUCCAGUUCCCUGCCCUCUACUGCUGCUACUGUGACGGGUGUUAUCAAUGCCGUUCCAGAGCACAAGAGCAGUUCUUUGAACCUACAUAAGGAAAAUGUAAAAAGUGAUGAAAUUAACACUCAACCAACAACAGCAGAAGACAGAACUAGGUAUAAGAAUAUCCAACACUUGAAGAUGAACAUACCAUUAUCCAAAACUGUAGCAGGACACACACCAAUACUGGCUUCUGCUCAUGAAAAUGGCUGUAUCUGCCUGUGGAGUAUUCAGGGAAACUUGGUGAAAGAACUUUUGCCAUUUUCAAAAUAUCCUUCAGUUCCUCUGACUGCACUAUGUACAGACACCUCCACUAAAAUGCUUUUGGCAGGCAGUAAGGACGGAUAUAUUAUGCACUGGAGCAUUGCCUCAUUCUUAGAAGAUCCACAAAACAAUAAAAAUCAAAUAGAGGAGGAACUCUGCUGGAGGGCACACCCUACUGAAGUGGUUGACUUAUUUCACGAAGAGGAGAAAAAUGUGGUAGUAACAGCAUCUAUUGAUGGUUCUGUCAGGCUCUGGCAUGCUACGAAUGGACACUAUCUUGGUUACUUUGGACAACCCAGGAAGUUUGAAUUAUCAGAUAUCAGUCGGUUGAUUUUGCCUUGUGACGUUAAUAACUUUCCUACUAUAAUUAAAGAGGAAAAGAAGAAGUUUGAAUAUCCUCUCACGCUGGACAGGGACAAGUGGAAGUCACUGACCAGCUCAACUUCAGUUUCAAAAAUGCCUAAAGAUGUGGACAUAAUUCAGGACUUCAAGUUUUCCAAAGCUCUGGCUUCUCCAAAGAUCUAUAGACAACCUUUGGAAAGUGUUAAAUCCAGAAACAGACAGCCUGGUGCAGUAUUUGAGUCUCUUCCUAUAUAUGAGGCAGAGUUUGAUGGGAUGUUCCAUAGGUAG